CAACGAGAAAGUUGUCGGCAGCAGCGACUCGAGAGGAGGAAGCAAGGAGGAUCUGGGAAGAUUCGACUCGAACCAACACAUUCACGAUGCCUCCCCGGAUACCAGCCCCUCAGGGGCUUCGGAACAUCACAUUAUGCCUACGACCAGCUCCGACACCAAAUGCGACGCCUAGUUUUCUGCCUCUGACACAGACGGCCAAUCUCUCGAUGAAGGAGAAGAAAAGGCGCAUGAAGCAGGAUCCCUACGGGUGGGCGCAGUCUCAGCAGCGCAAGAAUGCCAACCUCAAGCGGCAGGAAGAACUCAACAAGGUUCGCGAACCCGCCUGGGGACACCCGGUACACGGCGUCACGACGCCCUUCGUCGAGUCGUUUGAUUCAGGCGGUCAAGCUCCGCUCUCAACACCGCCCGUCGAUGGCGACGGCAACCCGCUAGAAGAGCCCCACGAGCUCCCGACGUCGCCGCACAUCCUCAACAACCUGCUCUCCAAGGACGAGCUGGAAGCGGCCCUGGAGAGGUCCAAAAAACUGACCGAGCCCCUCAAGGGCGGCGACCUGACGACCGUGGACCCUGUGGCGGAGGCGCAGGAGCAGGAGAACCACGCCAAGGAGCACGCAAAGGCCGAGAUCGCGCUGCGGCGCAUCACCGACCUCAACAACGGCUGCGCCAAGGACCGCAAGCACGCCAACAUCCGGCGGUGCAUCGAGACGUUUGGCCGACACGUCACGGACAAGACGCUCGCGAGGCCUGCGCCGCCUCCCGGGCGCGGCAUCGUGCCGCAACCCAAGCCCGAGCGGGCCGGGCCCGACACGGGCAGCAGCGAGGUCCAGAUCGCCAUCCUGACGGCCAAGAUCAGGGCACUCGCGCUGGCGCUCGAGAGCCCCAAGGGCCACAAGGACAAGAACAACAAGAGGAGUUUGCGGUUGCUGUGCCAUAAGCGGCAGCGGCUGCUGCGGUAUAUGGAGAAGAAGGAGCGGGCCAGCGGGCGGUGGCAAUACCUGAUCGAGACGCUUGGGCUUACGGGAGCUACGUACAAGGAGCAAAUCACACUCUAAUACGCAAUGCGCGCUGGGUGCUAUGUAAAUAGACAGAUGAGAUUUGUAACUUCCCCAUGUACACUAUACCAACGGAAUUGGACAGAAGACGCGGAAAUCCUCGCAUCCUGUAGAUCCGUGUUGCCGUCUUGACAGC